AUGCUUGCUCACUAUUCACCCCUCUUUGCUUUACUCCUGGCGCGUGCUUCUGCUGCUCCGCUUGAUGUAACUCGCGCAGUGGCCCAACUGGAUCAAGCUCUCUUUGAAGAGGCCCAGCAGCGAGAUGAUACCGCCACCAGAGCUUUUACUAACGUCCCAAUAAAAACUUCGGAUGGAAGAUGUCUGUUUAUAGACGAGCUGUCAGGCGACUUUCGAGCUAACUUGACUCCCAUUCAAGUCACAGACUGCGCUGCCGUUGACGGUCAGCGGUGGGAUGUCAUCACGAGGGGAAAGCAUAACAACGCAGAAAACUCCAUGCUCAUCGUUAGCACACUGACUGGCGCUUGCUUCAACUUUGACCCGCGCCGUGCUGCCGGCAACCAAGUCGUUCUCUUCUCGUGUGGAGGCCGGGCUGAUGGUGGUGGCGAAGUGACAAACUCACAGCUGUUCCCCUACCAUGGUGACUCUGGUCCAAUGACUUUCUCGCCUGAAAAUCAAUCCGACUCAUGUUUCACUGUAGAAGGGAACGUGCUCGCCAUUGCGCCUUGUUCACCAGAUGACCCCAGUCAAACCUUCACGUUUGGCGGCGCGGUCACUGAGGGUGAUACAGAGGAGCCGGAUCUAACAACCGCCAGCCUGAGUACUGCUUCCACAAUGAAAGCCACUGAGGCCUCGACUAUGAUGACAGCGACUACCUCUUCAACUCGAAGUGCCACCGGGAUCGCGGCCGGCGGGAUUCCCAGGCCCACUGCUGCUGUUCCCGUCUCCCGAGCUGGGGAAAUUCUGCAGCCAUCAGCAGCGGCAGAAGCGCACCAGAGGGACAAUACUGCUACGCGAGCCUUCUCGUCGGCGUCGAUUCUAGCUCCAAACGGCAAAUGCCUGUUCGUGGAUCCAACGGCCGGCGACUUUCGAGAGAAUCUCAUCCCUGUAUCGUUGGUGGCUUGUGGCGGAACACCCAACGAGAAGUUUGAUAUCAUCACCGCGGGCAAGCACAACAACGCACAAGGUAAGAUCUUGAUUGUGAGCAGUCUGGUAGGUGACCCCAUUGUGAUCUGUGAUGUAGUAAAUAGCUCAUAA